AUGACGUCAAUUAUAAAACUUCAUGCUGUUUCUGGGGCUAUGGACGAGUCUCCUCCUUGCUAUGUAUUGCAAGUUGAUGAAUUAAGAAUACUACUUGACUGUGGAUGGGAUGAGAACUUUGAUCAAGAAUUUAUAAAAGAAUUGAAACGGCAUGUGCAUCAGAUAGAUGCAGUGUUGCUAUCAUAUCCAGAUCCAUUGCAUUUGGGUGCUUUACCAUAUUUAGUUGGAAAAUGUGGCCUAAAUUGUCCUAUAUAUGCCACAAUUCCUGUAUAUAAAAUGGGACAAAUGUUUAUGUAUGAUAUGUAUCAGUCUCGUCACAACAUGGAAGACUUUGAUUUGUUUACAUUAGAUGAUGUAGAUGCAGCAUUUGACAAAAUUGUUCAGUUGAAGUAUAAUCAGAGUAUAUCAAUGAAAGGAAAAGGAUAUGGAGUUACUUUGACACCAUUGCCAGCUGGUCAUAUGAUUGGAGGGACUAUUUGGAAAAUUGUAAAGAUUGGAGAAGAAGAUAUAAUAUAUGCUGUGGAUUUCAAUCAUAAGAAGGAGAGACAUUUAAAUGGUUGUGAAUUAGAAAGAUUGCAAAGACCAUCUUUAUUAAUAACAGAUGCUUUUAAUGCUACAUAUCAGCAAGCUAGACGCAGAACUAGAGAUGAAAAGUUGAUGACAAACAUUUUACAAACUCUGCGUGGUGGUGGAAAUGUUUUGGUCAGUGUAGAUACAGCUGGGCGUGUGUUAGAAUUAGCACAUAUGUUGGAUCAGCUCUGGCGUAACAAAGAAUCUGGUUUGCUUGCAUAUUCUCUAGCUCUUUUGAAUAAUGUUAGUUACAAUGUUGUGGAAUUUGCAAAAUCGCAGAUCGAAUGGAUGAGUGAUAAAUUAAUGAGGAGCUUCGAAGGAGCUAGAAAUAAUCCAUUUCAGUUCAAGCAUCUGCAAUUGUGUCACAGCAUGGCAGAACUAAAUCAAGUACCCAGUCCAAAGGUUGUACUUGCAAGCACACCAGAUAUGGAAUGUGGUUUCUCAAGAGAAUUGUUUUUACAGUGGUGUGGUAAUCCUCAGAAUAGUAUUAUAAUAACUAGUAGAACCUCCCCAGGAACACUUGCCAGAGAUUUAGUAGAAAAAGGGGGCAACAGGAAUAUAACACUGGAGGUGAGGAGGAGAAUCAAACUGGAAGGACUUGAAUUAGAAGAAUAUCAAAGAAAAGAGAAAUUAAAACAAGAACAGUUAAAACAGGAACAAAUGGAAACCGCUGAUGUGAGUUCUGAAUCAGAAGACGAAAUAGAAGUUGGUGGUGGAAGAGGGAAACAUGAUUUAUUGGUGAAGCAAGAAAGUAAACCUGGUUUCUUUAAGCAAAGUAAAAAGCAGCAUCCUAUGUUUCCGUUUGUGGAAGAGAAAAUUAAGAUAGACGAGUAUGGAGAAAUCAUACGACCUGAAGAUUAUAAAAUCGCGGAAACUAUGCCGGAAGUAGAGGAUAAUAAAGAAAAUUUGGAAACAAAACAAGAAGAUGCUGCACAUCAUCCAGAGGUAGCUACUGACAUUCCCACCAAAUGCAUUCAAGUUACACGUACAAUGACAGUUAAUGCAUCUGUCACAUACAUAGACUUUGAGGGCAGAUCUGAUGGGGAAUCAUUGCAAAAAAUCCUAGCACAGUUAAGGCCUCGAAGAGUUGUAUUAGUUAGGGGGUCUCCGAACGAUACGGAAAUUCUAGCUCAACAAGCGCAAAGUGCGGGUGCACGUGUGUUUCUUCCAGGUAGAGGAGAAACUCUCGAUGCUACAACGGAAACACACAUUUAUCAGGUUCGUUUGACUGAUGCUCUUGUCAGUGGUUUGAAUUUCUCUAAAGGAAAGGGUGAUUCUGAAGUAGCAUGGAUCGAUGCAAUGAUAACUGCUCGAGAUCAGGUUUGUCGAGAUGCUGUUGCUGAUACACAGCAAGAUGAUACAAUAGACCAAAGUGAUAAAAUACUUACCCUAGAACCAUUACCAUUGAACGAGGUACCUGGGCAUCAAACGACAUUCAUAAAUGAGUUAAAAUUAUCUGACUUCAAACAAAUCUUAAACAAAAGUAAUAUUCCCUCCGAAUUUAGUGGUGGAGUUUUAUGGUGUUGCAAUAAUACUAUUGCCGUUAGAAGGCAUGAAGCUGGCAAAGUAAUAUUGGAAGGCUGCCUAUCUGAAGAUUAUUACAAAGUACGUGAAUUAUUAUAUGAACAAUACGCAAUUGUAUAA